AUGUCCUCGAAACAAAGUAUCCCGGAGAAAAGAACCCCUGGAAAUCAUCCCGUACUGUUGACAGGUCCACUAGUUUAUACGCCUCAGCAUGUACUCUGGAAACUACCAAACCUGCUCUGGAAGCCAGUAAAUCUAGUUAAUUCUAGCAGUCUAGAAAAAAGUAAAACUGGAUAUGCAGGUCUUGAAACUGGUAAAACUGGUUCUACCAGUCCAGAAAUAAUCGCCAGUCGCCGUUAAUAAUAAUAAACUUUUUCAAUAGGAAGUGGGAGGCAUUGACUUCAAUCCAGAGCUAUCAAGACGAGUCAGUCACGCUGGAAGUCUGGGGAGAGUUUCUUCUAACCCAAAUACCCGACUCCGCUCUAGAAAUGGCAGUAAAUCUUCCACUAGUGACGCUAACUCAACUACUGACGUCGCGCCAAGUGAUGACGUCACAUCAACAUCUGACGUCAUCAAUAAUGAGGUCAUAUCUAAUAGUGACGUCAUUUCAGCGAAUGACGUCAUCUCAGGACAACCACGCGAGUCAGAAGGAUCUGAAAUGGCAAUGUUGUGA